GAGAGUUACGUUUACUUUUAAUAUUGAUUAUUAUAAGUGUAUUUAUUUUUCAGCGUUGUUUUUCGGUUAGUUUAGCACCGAGGGAAAAUGAUUCUGCCGGCCUGCGUGGAGUUUCUGCGGGCGGAGAGAGUCCUGCACACGGUCAGCGGGGGCUUUCGCAUGCCGUUAAACAGGUUACAUGGACUCCGAGCUGGGAUUUAUUCAGCCUGUCGGCUCUCCUGGAGCUCCAGUCUGGCUUUAAACCUCCGACUAACUCACUCCCACCUGUCGGGGAACUAAAACCUGAUAAAACCAGCAACAGCUUAAACCUCAGCAGCUCCAUGUGGACCACCGGGAAGGUCAGGGAGGAAAGAAGAUCAGCUGCUCAAGGCUUUAAACAAGGUUACCAGGCAGAUUUUACAGGUUUUUCUGUUAUUCAGGGGAAGGUUUUGGGCCUUUCGUCUGACUCCAGCCCAUAUUUCUCUGAGUGGGAGGCCAUGAGACCUCUAGUGAAGUGUGCCGAUGAUUCUAUGACUUUCCAUGCAUCCGGUCAAGGGUUCACACACCUGCAAGUUGACAGAAAGAAGGCUUCUCCCAUCUCCAUUUUCCAGCUGCCAUCCUACUGCAGCUACUUGGUGAAGGCGUCACGGACUGACCUGGAAAUGAUGGUGCCAUAUGAUGACUGCUACAUCAUACAGGAGAAUGGCAGUCACGUGCUUCCAAUGCUGUGGUUAGGAAGCCCUCUGAGGCUGUCCUGUCCAAUCACAGCAUCCACAGUUAUUCCCAUGUACUCCCUGCCGGCUCCCACAGUCUUCUGCUCUGCUGAUAGCAUGGCAGUACAGGUCCAGCGGCAAGAGCAUAGUGUACCUGUCCUUGGUGUCAUAGUGGCUGGAACCAAGGAUCCUUUUGUGUCUGAAAGAUGUGCAUUCCAGGUCGACUCUGAGGCCCAAAAGUUGACCUAUCUUAUUUCCAACAGUGCUCCUUGUAUCACCACUGACGAUGGUCUUCACCUUCACCUCACAUUAGAUGAUCUACUAUAUGUUCUCUCCUGCCCAGUCCCUUCCCAGAUUCCCUAUGCCCCCUCCCUGCCCCAGUAUCAACCUCUUUCCCAUGGUGACCCUCUUCCCUUAAACCUCCCACAUCCAAUCAGCCCUGUCCCCACUACAACUCCUAAUCCCCUCCGUCAAGCCUCAGGUAAUGAGCAGUCUAUAGAAAAUCCACACUAUCAGAAAUACUACUCUGGUUUCCAGUACCAGCAGUUACCACAAACCUCUCCUCGAGCUUUACAGACCCUUCAGCCAACCAUUGAAUCCAUACACCAGUACCGCUCUGGAUCUGAACCAUUAGGGAGUAAUCCCAGAUACCUUUCUCACCAUUUUCAAUUUAAGGAUAAUUCAGCACAUGAGUUACCUGAUUCCCCAUCUCAGGAUCCAUAUCCAGCGUUCUAUACCUAUGUGCCAUUCUUUCAUCAGGAGUUGAAUCCAGCUGUUGACGAUCAUCACAAACCUCCAGCAGGUCCAUAUUAUCCUCAAUACUAUCACCAGAAACAUCAUUACCCUGUAAACACAGUUAAACCAGUGACCCAGGCUCCAGCUCCUCUAUCUGGUCUUUCAUUUCUACCUAAAGGGCCUUUGAAUCCCCAGCAUCACUCUGCUCCAUUUAAUCCAAUGUCCUUCUAUCAUCAGCAAGCACUUUCAUACUCUGCUUCACAUCCUGUUGCUGCUCCACCAUCUGGCAAUCCUGAUAAUCCAAUUUAUCCUACUAGCCAAUCUAACAUCCAAACUCCCUUUCAGUUUCUGCUACCUCCACAUCUGCCACUAGUCAAUCAGGAGUCUAAGAGACCUCUAGCCAGUCAUGGUACGUUCUACCCUGCAAAUUACCAUAAGCUCCAUCCCCUUUUCCCGCACUAUCCCAAGGCCACUUCUCCCACCAUAACCCCAAAGUCAAUCAGCCCUGAGAAGUCAAUCAUCAAGUGUUUGGAGAAGAACAUGGUUGCUUUCCUGCCUUUUGCCGAUCCAAACACCAUCCAGAUCAAAGACCCCUUAAAGUCCUGGGAGUCAAUCUCCAGUGCGUCUCCAUUCUGUGGUUACAUGUUGCAGAUGACCGGAGGCCUCGGUGUAAUUCUCCACUCUCCUCUGCCAGCCUGCCACAGUCACUUACAGACUCCUACCACCAUUUCCCUACCCAUACGUUAUUGGGAUUUUUCCACCCAGCAGAAUCGGACUCUGGAUCUGGAGUGUCCAUAUCAAAUCACUCCCGAUACUCCAACAUCUACUCCCUGGGAUUUCCCCACCCCUCCUAGCACCACUCAGGGAAAGCCUGGUCCUUCUGUCGUCACCAUGACUGAAGUCUUCUGCUCCUUCCAGCAGAUGAAGGUCGUGCUUCCCCCUGGACCCAUUUCAGAAAUAGUUCUUAAAGACACCGAUGGGAACCAGAUGAGCCUCCAUGAAUCUCCUAAAGAAUGUGGAUAUUAUGCAAGUGAGGCCAAGGAUGGCAAAAUCCAUUUGUUUCUCCAGUUGCAUUCACACUGUCAUAUGAGCGUGCAGGAUCAAAUGUACAUUAUUAGCAUCCUCUACACAACACCAAGUGGAAGAAAGGAGGCAAAGGUUUCCUGUCCGAUUGUGAACCCGAGGUCUGAGCAUGAGUGCAACCUUCACAGCGAAUACCGCCUCCCCUGCGGGUCCAGCUCUAUAUCCCAGACACAGUGCCUCUCCAUGGGCUGCUGCUUCAACAAGCACCCCCCUGCCUGCUACUACCCAAUGGAUGAGUGCACUAUUGACCGCCACAUGAUCUUCUCUGUACCCGCCUCCCUCACGGACCCCCCUCUUUCUACUGCACUGUUGGUUGCUGCCAACAACUCCACCUGCAAGCCUCAGAGAGUGACCCCUGAGUAUGCAUUGUUCAAUAUCCCAAUGGAUGGCUGUGGGACACGAAGAGUGAUGGUGGGGAAGACUGUGGUGUACAUGGUGGAGAUUACAAACAUCGUACAAACUGUCCGCCUCAACUAUGGAACCAUCACAAGAGAUUCACCCAUCAGGUUGCUGGUGGAAUGCCGAUAUGUUCCAGGAACUGCGCUCAGUGUGAGCUACGUUGUUAAAACUCCCACCUUUGGUCCUGAAGUUCAUACUCAGGGAGUGUUUGGAGUCCAGCUGAGGAUUGCUAAAGAUGCCCAGUACAGCAGUUACUACCCACAGUAUCACCAACCUCUGCACAUGUUGCUGGGGAAACCUCUCCACCUUGAAGUGCGCCUCCUCAAUUCCCCAGAUCCCAGUUUAGUGCUGCUGGUGCACUUCUGUGUGGCCUACCCCCGCUCUGGAAAAGCUGUGUGGGUGUUGCUUUACAACGGAUGCCCCAACCCUUUGGAUCCAGCCCCACCGAAGACCGUUCUGUCGGAACCAACUCCCCCUUCUCCUCAGAGUCAGACACGCCGCUUCACCAUUCGCACCUUUCAGUUCCUCCCUGAUGGAGACUUCCAGGACACAGAUGAGGAGAUCUACUUCAUGUGUUCAACAGAGAUCUGCUCUCCUCGAGAUGGUCCUUGUGUUGAGGGAUGUUUUGGUCAAUGACUGUGAGAAAUGGAUUGCAUCAAUGCACAACAUCGUGAUGAGCCCUGGAGGAAGCUGUAAAAUCAGAGCCUUGUUUACAAAUGAUCUGAAGACAGCUUGAGGGUUUGUGGGAGCUGUGCUUUCAUGGAACCUAGUAUGAGAAUCAAUUGACACUCAAUAGUGGUUAAAAUCAUGAUCUGGUAAAGGUUUGCCUUGAACUUCAUGAAGAAUUCCAGGUGAUGUAUUCUCUCCCUUUGCUUUAGUUAUGUGGCAUUUAACGUCCAAUAAAUGCUCUUAAAUAU